AUGGAAGCCUCGUUUGAACCAACAUCAUCUUAUUCGAGGUUGAAACCUGACGAUUGUGUGAUAUGUUUGAGCGCCAUACAACCAUCAAAAAAGGCCAAAAUAUAUGGAUGCUUGCACGCCUUCUGCUUUGACUGCAUCAAAGAGUUUGCCAGGAAAAUACGUCCAUUCUGCCCAACUUGUGACCAGGAAAUCAGUUACGUGUUACACAACCUACGUGGAGACGAACAGAAUGAUGAAAAUAAUUUCUCUGGAGAUUUCUACUUGGUCGAAUUCUGUCAUCACAGUCAUUGCAAUUUUUUCAACACUGCCUGGAGUCACAUGUCUCGAGAACUUGGCCCUAGGCAGACCUGCAACGAGCAGUUCCUAUCUUAG